AUGGCUGCGGCGAGUAGGGACCCAACGGCAAAGCCCAGCGCUUUGCGCUCCAUCAUUGCGGGCUCCACUGCCGGAGCCGUGGAGAUCGCAAUCACCUAUCCAGCUGAGUUCGCGAAGACGAGGACGCAAUUGAAUCGCCGACUAGCAGAGGGCCAGAAGCUCCCGUGGCCACCCUUCGGCAAGCAAUGGUAUGCCGGAUGCACGACCUUGAUCAUUGGGAAUUCAUUGAAGGCUGGAAUUCGCUUCGUUGCGUUCGAUGCAAUCAAGGCGGCCCUGCAGGAUGAGAAUGGCAAGAUUUCGGGGCCGAGAACGGUUGUUGCUGGAUUUGGUGCUGGUGUCACUGAGUCUUUACUUGCGGUGACUCCUUUCGAGAGUAUCAAGACUCAAUUGAUCGACGAUCGAAAGGCGGCGAAGCCUCGAAUGAAUGGCUUCUUGCACGGUAGUAAAAUCAUUUUCCAGGAGCGCGGUAUCCGGGGCUUUUUCCAAGGCUUCGUGCCGACGACAGCUCGUCAGGCUGCAAACUCUGCGACCCGGUUCACGAGUUACACCACUAUCAAGCAGUUGGCUGAGGGUUAUGUGGCACCUGGAGAGAAGCUUGGUACACUCGCUACCUUUGGAAUUGGUGGUUUGGCCGGUAUCAUCACAGUUUAUGUGACCCAACCUCUUGACACGGUGAAGACAAGAAUGCAAUCUCUCGAGGCGAGCAAGAACUACAAGAACAGCUUUGUCUGCGCCGCUCGCAUCUUCAAGGAUGAAGGUGUCUUGACAUUCUGGUCCGGUGCGAUGCCCCGAUUAGCCCGGCUGAUUCUGAGCGGUGGAAUCGUGUUUACGAUGUACGAGAAAUCGAUGGAAUUGAUGGAUCUGGCGGACCCUGAGCGCAAGUACAUUUAA